AUGCAGAAAGUGGUCUUGUGUAAGUAUGGGGAUUUUUUCAUUGAAGCAGUUAUAAAAGAUGAUGUAUCAGGAGCUCUGUGGCGGCUCUUUGCUAUUUAUGCGAGCACAGAUGACCGUAUCAGACGAUCCCAAUGGCAAGCUCUCCAGGAUAGGGUACACCGUAGUAAUGAUGCCUGUCUCUUGAUGGGGGAUUUCAAUGAUAUUUUGGAUGAAACAGAAAAGCUAGGGGGGCUCUCUCGCUCUGAGCGAAGUAUGCAGGACUUUCGGAGUUUUGUUGCCGAUACUCACCUGUUGGAUUUAGGCUAUGUGGGGCAACCUUUUACUUGGCGUAAUCGGCGGCAGGAUGGUGCAAUUUGUGAGCGCUUAGACAGAGGUUUAGCUACGGGCCAAUGGGUUGCUAUGUUCCCGGAUGCGACGGUACAUCAUUUGGCGGUGGUGGGCUCUGAUCACCUUAUGCUCAUGCUCCACACUCAGGUUCCACUUAGUAAAUGGCGUAAACGCUUCAUUUAUGAUCCUCGGUGGGGUGAAGCUGAGGGCUGUCGGGGGGUGGUGCAGCAGCGGUGGGCACGACAAUUUACUGGAUCCCGAGGGGUACAAGUGACAGAAAAAUUAAGGGGGGUACGGCGGGGUUUGCUGGAUUGGAGACGAAGUGAAUGGCGGAGUUCGAAGGCUAGUAUUGAGCUCUUACGGAAAGAUUUGUGCCAAGCAUAUUUUGCUCCUGACCUUCAUUGCGAGAUGAUUCGGCAUAUGGAAAAUAAACUUAAAGAGGCUCUGCAUGAUGAAGAAGUGUAUUGGAAACUGAAAUCAAGGGUACAUUGGCUCAAUGAAGGGGAUAAAAAUUCAAAAUUCUUUCAUUCAAAAAUGGUUACUCGAAGAAGGGCCAAUAGGAUACUGGGUCUGGAGGAUUCCCACGGACAUUGGUGUGAUAGUCCGUCGGAUAUUCAUAAAAUUGCGGCUGCCUACUUUGAGGAUAUUUUUACUUCGUGCAACCCUACCAACAUUGCUGAAAUUACUGGGUGUGUUCAUCGAAAGGUUACGGCGCAACAUAAUGAAGUUUUACUACAGGAGGUAACUACUGAGGAAAUUUGGUCUGCUGUGCAAUCUUUACAUCCUACUAAAUCCCCUGGCCCAGAUGGUUAUACUGGGAGUUUUUUUCAUCAAUUUUGGGAUGUUAUUGGGCCUGAUAUUAAUGGAUUGGUGAAGAGUUUCUUUCACUCAGGGCGUUUACACAGAAAACUCAAUCACACUCAUAUAGUUUUGAUACCAAAAGUUGGUAAUCCGAGGAAGAUGACACAAUGGAGGCCUAUUGCUCUUUGCAACUUAGUUUACAAGAUCAUUUCGAAGAUUUUAACACUUCGCCUGAAAAAGGUUUUACCGGCCGUGGUGAGUAGCAACCAAUCGGCUUUUGUGGAGGACCGAUUAAUAACUGACAAUAUUCUUAUUGUGCAUGAGAUUCUGCAUUCUUUGAAGUCUGAGAGUCGUGCCGGAGGGUCUGGCUUGGCACUCAAAUUAGAUAUGGCCAAGGCCUAUGACCGGGUAGAAUGGAUUUUUCUUGACGCCAUGAUGCGGCAAUUGGGUUUUGAUCCCACGUUCUGUCAGUGGAUUUUUGAAUGUAUUUCCACAGUGACGUAUAGCAUUUUGCUUAAUGGGGAGGCAUCACGGCCGAUCUCACCAUCUCGGGGUCUCAGGCAAGGGGAUCCUUUAUCCCCCUUUUUAUUUCUAAUUUGUGCUGAAGGCUUAUCUGCUUUGCUACAUCGUCAUGAAGAAAGGGGAUCCCUUCAUGGUUUUAAGCUCCGUCCCCAAGGGCUCAGUAUUUCGCAUUUAUUUUUUGCAGAUGAUUCUGUCAUAUUCUGUCACACUGAAGAACGAGAAGUUUAUUGCUUAAAGCAAAUUUUGGACUGCUAUGCGAAGGGCUCAGGUCAGUGCAUUAACUUUGACAAGAGUUCUAUCUUCUUUGGAAGGAAAUGCCCAGCAAGAUUGAAAGGUCAACUGGCACAUAUCUUGGGGGUUCGGCAGAGUGGGGAUUUUGGAAAAUAUCUUGGGUUAAACGCAGAUUUUGGGACGUCUAAACGAGGAGUGUUUGAAAUGGUGCGUAAAAGGAUUGCUUCAAAACUUUUGGGCUGGGCUGAGCAAUACUUAUCUUCUGCUGGCAAAGAGGUACUGAUAAAGGCGGUGGCUAUGGCUAUGCCAAAUUAUUCUAUGUCAUGUUUUAAACUUCCGGUCAGUUUGUGUAAGGAGAUUGAACGGGACAUUGCUAAUUUUUGGUGGAAGGGACAGAAGGAUCGUAGAGGGAUUCAUUGGGUAAGUUGGCAGAAAUUAUGUCAAUUUAAGAAGGCAGGGGGGAUGGGUUUUCGAGACCUCCUGUGUUUUAAUCUUGCUAUGCUUGCGAAAAUUGGCUGGCGGAUACUUCGGAACCCCAACUCCUUGCUUGCUAGGCUCUUACAGGAGAAAUAUUAUGUUCAUUCUGAUUUCAUGCAUGCUGUGUGUGGUCGGAAGGUCUCGUGGGGGUGGAAAGGCAUCUUGCAAGGCCGCAGGAUUUUAGAGGCUGGGCUUCGUUGGCGUAUCGGAAAUGGGGAGAAUGUUUGCAUUCAGCAGGAUCGCUGGCUGACCACACCAUCUCCUUCAUUGAUUCACUCUCGACAUCUUGACAUGCCGUUGAUGGUGCAUGAGCUCAUAGAUCAGAAUAUGAGAUGUUGGGAUAUGGAUCUAGUGAAUCGUUGUUUUAAUCCAAAUGAAGCAAAAUGUAUCUCCACCAUACCAAUUAGCCGAUGGGGAUGUCCAGACAAAAAGGUUUGGCAUUACACCUCUCAUGGUGGCUACACUGUUAGAUCGGGGUAUGCAGUGGCAUUAACUUUACGGCGGAACGGAGAGCUGGGCAGGAAAGCAGAAGGAGAGAGCAGUCAAGGGGAUAAACAACGACGUAUAUGGAAAAGCAUUUGGGGAUUGCAGGUGCCUCCUAAGAUUCGAACUUUUCUUUGGAAAUGCUGUCGUAAUGUUUUAGCGGUGAAGGAAAAUUUAUUACAUCGGGGAAUUGAUGUCGAAACUUCGUGUGCUUUAUGUGGACAAGAAGGGGAGUCCCAAGUACAUGUAUUUUUCAAGUGUGAGUUUGCACGAUUGCUUUGGUUUGCUUCUCCUAUACAAUUGGAUCCAUGUCAUAUUUUGGGAGAGGAUUUUAUUGUUUGCUGGGAAAAUUUGCUCAAGAAGUACGAGCAGGUAGAGCACUGUAACGAUAUUCUGCAGGUAUGUGCAUUUGGGUUAUGGAGGAUUUGGAAAAUUAGGAAUGGAGCUGUUUUUGAGGGAACGGUGAUUGAGCCUCAUGUUGCUGUGGAGUGCUUCCUAGACCAGGUUCAUGAAUUUCGAACGGCUCAAAUGCAUGGGAAGCCACUCAUCAACGAACUUCCUCGUCCACCGGAGGUUCAAGCGGAGACGGUGACUUCUUGGCGAAAACCGCCGUAUGGGGUGCUCAAAGUUAACUGUGAUGCUGCUUGGGUGUCGCAGACACAAAUGGGAGGUGUAGGAUGGGUGGUGCGCGACUCAGAUGGAUGGAUGGUUCAGGCUGGUGGUAAGGGUGACAUGAGGGGUGGAUCAGCGUUGGCGAUGGAGGCUGAAGCCAUUCGAGAGGCUUUGGUGGCAUGCGUUCAGAGUGGUUUGUCGAAACUAGAGGUUGAAUCUGAUUCUUUACAAGUUAUUCGUAUGAUUGGUGGGGAGUGGAAUAUGGAUAUUGCAGUGGACACCAUUGUAUUUGACAUAAAGCAAUUGGUGGGCCAAUUUCAACAUUGUGUUUUCCUGUAUACCCCUCGUAAUUGUAACAAGGCAGCGCAUAAAAUUGCGGCCUUUGUGUCCAGAGUUGGUGGAGUCCAUACGUGGGAUGAUUUAUGGCCUGAGUGGAUUUUUGAUAUUCUUGUCAGUGAUGUAAACCUUACUAUUCGUCUUUAA